GCUGUUUAAGCAAAUAAACUGGCUUUACAGUUCCCACUCAGGGGAAACACUAAAAUAUGUAACUUCAAAUAAUAAUGGACCUGCGCAAAUUUACUUUUCCCAACACCCUGAUUCUCAUGAACUAAUUGCACAACCUGACCACAUGGUAGGAAGCCUUAAGAAGGGGAAGCCUUAAAUAUCACAAACUUCUGCUUCGCAUUGUUCUUUCCACUCUCGUCAUGAAGACCUCAAGGAUAUUUGUUGGCUUCUUAAAUGCUCCUGUUCUCUUUGUUUUCUGGCUAACAAUGCAUACAGUGGACUCAGAUCAGCUGUCGGCUCCAGGGGAGGUGAGAGCAGUAAACGGAGGAUCUGUGACAGUGUCUUGUCAGUACGACCAUCAGUUCAGAGACAACACAAAGUACUGGUGCAAGGGAUUUGUAUAUGAGCUGUGUGUAAUAAUAGUGAAAACACCCAGGAACCGAAUUAAUGACAGAUUCUCCAUUGCUGAUGAUAAGGAGGCAGGGAUCUUCAACGUAACUAUGACUUCACUCAGACAAAGUGAUCAGGAUGUGUACUGGUGUGUCAUCUCCAGACUUGGAAGGAAUGUCUACAGUCGUGUCAAGCUCGUCAUCUCCAAAGCAGUGAUAACACCCAUCAACAUCACACCAACAAAUUCAUCAGUGACACUGGAACAAGCUGAAAUAAGGUGGUGGGCGAUUCUACGUUGGAUCAUCUUUAUUUUAAUGUUAUGUUGUUUGGUAUCAACAUAUAUCACUGUGUGGAGGAUGAAGGCUGCACAAAAAACACAGCUGCACCAACAACUUCACUCUCAGAACAUUUACGAGUGAAAGUCUGGCAAUGUCACAGUUUUAAAUCGGGUGACUUAUGAACACAAACUGUACGUAUCAAAGAAUUCUGUCAGUGUGUGAAUUGAAAUGAACCAUCAAGUGAAAAAUGUGCUUUCCGCUUUUUUUUUUCUUAAUAUUUAAAUGAUUAAACCUCAUUAAUUUCAGUGCCAGGGCCUCAGAUAAAUUUGGGCGCAACUUUUUUAAUAUCCAAUCAUCUUAAAUUUAGCACCUCUGGAGAACUGGAGCUCUUGUCUUUCAUUUAAUUUAUUUGCCGAUUUUAUAUGAAUGGUCAUAGAAGUUGGUAUUCUUUUUGCAUUUUACCACCACUUACAAAAUCUGUCAGUGUUGUACUUCAAAUAUGUGAAAACCAUGCAGAAUAAAAAUCUCUUCAU